GACACGAGACAAAAUAAGAACAUAUAAUUAAAAAAAAUAAUGUACAAAGUAGCUUAGUAUAAUUUCAGUUGUGUUUGCUGUUGAAUAGUCGCAGAGGGUCAGUGAAGCGCUGAUUGGUUAAUCAUAAAUUUCUAAUGUUCGCUGCCAAGCUGCUGCCAAGUUUACUUGCUAAUGACGCAGUAUUUGAAAUACGACGAAAAAAGUGUUGUAGCCUUUAUUAUUUACAUUUUGUGUAAUAAUAGGUUGACAUUAGUCAUGAAUCGCCACUUUUCCCGAAACAUGGUUGAACCAAACUUGCCCUUGAGGAAGCCAUCGUCGAGCCCCACACAUACUCGUACAUCAUCGACUCAUCGGAAACUCAGUGGGAUCGGUGCCACAGGAGGUAAAGUACCACCAUCUAAUCUGAAUGUGACAGGAGGUCCUGUAAAUACUCCAGUUCUUGGAAUUCCCUCUCUGUUGGGAUCUGUUCCACCAGAGCUGACUGUACACAUCUGCAACUACUGUGGUGAGCAAGGACAUUUUCAGUGCAAGUGCUGCCAGUCAGCCUCUUACUGCUCAAUUGUUUGCCAGACGAAGGACUGGAAGUUGCACAAACACUGUUGCAGACUGGUUGACCCAGAAACUGUUGAAGAGAAACCUCAAGAUAUCACAGAUACGUCUGUGUCUAGUCACCCCACACGUCAGAUAAAGCCUGCACAUACACCCAGCUACCAGAGGAUGUAUUUGAAAGACCUUAUUAUCGAUAAAGAUAUGCCAGCAACAGAAUUUAAGGCAUCGGUGUUAGAGUUCUACAGUCCUGGCAGGUUUUAUGUCCAAGGCCAGGGCAGCAAGCAGCAAGAAACUCUCCUUAUAAUUAGCAAAAGUCUCCAGAAAGGGAGGGACAAGGGUCCCUCAAUGACACCGUAUCUGCCUUGCGUCGGGGAAAUUUGUGGAGUUCAGUUCUCCUAUGACCUGCACUGGUACAGAGGCCUGGUCCAGACCUUAACUGCUGAUCAGAAGAUGGCAAAAAUCCUUUACAUCGACUUUGGCAAUGAAGAGAAUGUACCUGUGGACCGAAUCAAACCGCUUUGUACAAGUAUUAAGCCAUUUCCUCCAUGUUGUUUGCUGUGUGUCCAGGCGAUUGAGUGCUGCAUCUUUGGCGUAGUGCCAUCAGCUGACACCUGGUCAAAAGAGUGCUGUCUGGCAGUGAGACAACUGUUAACCGGCAACAUGGUCAUUAUUCAACCGUUGGACAUUUUACAAAAUGGUCACAUUCAUGCUGUGGAAGUUCUUCUCCCAGCGGGAAACAAACUGAGCAGGAUUCUACUCCAACAUGGUUUUGCAAAAGAGGAACCUUCAAAACCAACCCAGCAUGACAUAAACACUGUGACAAGUGUGGCCUUGGAAAAUGUCAAGCUCUGCUCUGAUGACAACAAUGACAACUCAUGGGCUCGGCCUCCUGAGCCUCUGAGGCAGGCGGUCGGUGAUUCUUUUUCUGCUGUAAUCACUCACCUCCAGUCGCCUGAUGAGAUCAUUGUGCAGAAGGUGGAACAAGCUGGGGUCAUUCAGGAGCUGCAGUUAAACCUUAGGGAUCACUGCUGGCAACUUCCAGUCCCCCUCAACUUCAGACCUGCUCCCGGCACGGUUUGUUGUGCCCAGUUCUCAGAGGACAACCAGUGGUACCGAGCAAAAGUCCUUAGCUAUCCAUCUGAAGAACACGUCUGCGUUGACUAUCUUGAUUUUGGAAACUCCGAGAUGGCAAAAUUGGAACACCUCCGGCCUAUUAGUGCUCCAUUACUGGCUGUGCCAAUACAGGCCAUUCCUUGUGGUCUUGCUGGGGUCAGGCCAAUUGGUGACAGAUGGUCAGAGGGGUGUCUCGUGGACCUGCAGCAACGAGUAUCAAACAGACUACUUUGCAUAAAGAUUCAGGAAGUUCAAGAGGACAAAGUCUUGGUGGACAUGAUCGAUGAGAGCAGCGAUCCUCAGGCCAACAUAGCUGAGCUGCUAGUUGCUGGUGCAUAUGCUGCACAGUUGCCUGUGACCAUCAGCACUGACCAGGAGAAACCUGUCCAGCCGCACGUGUCUACUGCUUCCCUUGAGCCCUUGUGGUCUUUUACUGAAGUUCCCUCUGAUGGCCAGAGAGUGGCGCUGUUGACUAGUUUUGUGGUAAACCCAGGAGAAUUCUAUUGCUGGAUUGACAAUCCUAAAGACCGUCAGAUGCUGAGAGAUGUUGAGGCUGAGUUGAAAUUGCAUUGUGAGGCAGAUAACGCACUGUUUGAGCCCAAAGUGGGAGAGCCAUGUUGUGCCAUGUGCCCUGCUGAUAGAUCCUGGUAUCGGGCAAUUGUAAAAAGACUGCAAGGCAACCUUGUGUCUGUAAACUUGGUGGACUAUGGUUAUACCAUCCAGGUGGAAAGACAGCACCUGAGAUACAUCAAGCCCCAACUUCUGACACUACCCUUCCAAAGCCUCCGCUGCUGGCUCUCAGGUGUGGAGCCCUUGGGUUCAGAGUGGACCAGUGAAGCCAUGCUGUGGUUCCAGAAUCUGGUGGAUGGUAAGCUGCUCUCUGCGCGAUUCCUUUGCAUCACUGAACAGGGCCACUGUGUGGAGCUGGAGAGCGAAGGCCGCAACGUCGCAGCUGCCCUGAUUUCUGAGCUGCUAAGCAAAGAUUGCAAAGCGCUUUCAACGGUCACGUUUGCAAACACUGGCUGUGUGGCGAAGAACAAGGAAAGCACAAGGGAAAAUGAGGAUAGAGAAAUACAAUCACAGGCAUCCAACCCGACAAGCACCAACGAGCCGCCAAAUGAAGCACAGGCACCCCUGCCACCAGAAGCUCCAUCUUUUAAAGAGGAUUGGAAGACCUUGGAGCUUCCUCUUAAGGAGAGUUUUAAGCCCAACGUUGUAGCUGUAAUCAGUCCUUCCCUCUUCUACCUGCUUGUUACCAGUCCAGACGACCAACAGAAGCUCCAGCUGCUGAUGGAGGAGAUUGCAGCCUAUUGCAGCAGUGAGCAGGUUUCGAAGUAUUCAGCCGCUGCGAUCAGAGCAUCUCCCGGGGCUGCCUGCUGCGCUCAGUUCUCUUAUGACAAUAAAUGGUACCGUGCAGUGAUUCUAGAAGUUGGAGAGAAUGAGAUUAGUGUCGUCUAUGCAGAUUUUGGCAACACUGAGACGGUCCCGUUCUCCAGAAUCCUGCCCAUCCCUCCACACUUACUGCAGCUUCCCUUUGUCAUUAUUCGUUGUUCUCUUGCUGGUGUGAAGCCUCUUCCUAUGGACUGGCCAGUAGAGGUGAAGCUAAUGUUUCGAUCUACGCUGGUGAACUGCGCCCAUUGCACCGUCCAGUCUUUUGAUGGGUUCUCUAACGUGGUGUCGCUCACUCUGUCAGCUGAGAGCGGCGGAGGGGACGUCUUGGCUCUCGUAGUGAAUGCAGUGCAGACCCUUUACAGCUGCAAUGGUGGUCUGAGCUCCCCUGAGGUUUCUGAGCAGAGUGACAGCAGCUCACCUAAGAGCAGCAACUCAGGUGACCCUCACUGCCCUCAAACCACAACUGCGGCUGGAACUGGCACAUCUGGACGUCAGGACGGAGACACUUCUGCAGAGCUUGCUCUGCCAGAUGUUUCCCUGCAGCACAUGAAGCAAAACGAGCCAAAAGUGACAGUGAAUGUGCAAAAUAACGAUCCUCAUUCCUGUCAUUGCUGCUGUCCAGUCCUGGAGACAAAGAUCGAUCACAUCGAGCAGGAGUUGAUGAAGCUGUCCAAGUGGUUGAUGGCUCGACUGAACACUGGUUCUGUAUUGACCAAUGAAUCAGUGUUUUUACCGUGAUAUUGUGUAAUCAUUUCAUGGUAAAAAAAAACAAACAAAUAAAACAAACUAUGUACCUGGGUCAAAAGUACUGUUCUGCAAUAACACAUAUAAUCCCAACUUUGUUUUUUAUGUUUUAGUUCUUGUGAACUAUGCCUGUAUUGAACUUUUAUUUGUCAUAUAUUACCUGUAUAUGUUACUGUUCUCAGCCGAUAAUUCUUAAAGUUGAGUUCUGAAAA